AUGAAGAAACCGAUUCUGGCCAACCUUAAAGUGUUUGGAUGCCACGCGUAUGUUCAAGUGCCUCAAGACAAACGCGCGAAGUUCGACUCCAAGUCAUCACUCUGUCGUUUCCUGGGAUACGCCGAACACCAGAAGUCAUAUCGAUUUGAGGAAGUGUCAACAGGAGCGAUCAAGAUCAGUCGCGAUGCCACAUUCAUGGAAGACAAGUUUGAUGAAGGUCCGCGCAACUACAACGAUGAGUCAAGUGUCGUUGAGUUUGAUGAUCAUGAUGAGGACGAAGAAAAAGAAGAAGGUAAAACUGACGACGACAUGGACUCGAGCGACGAUGACAACGAAGACACCAGGUCUUCGAAGAGCAACAUCAAGAGACACACGCGCACUCAAUCACUUGAGAAAGCUACCGUCAUUCCAAGUCCCAAGCGAAGAACAUACAGAGGUCCGUCGCUUGAGCAUGUUGGGGAAACGCCGACUACAUUCAAGUCGGCGAUGGAAUCAAGCGACUCCGGCAAGUGGAAAGAAGCGUGUGACUCGGAGUUCGACUCGCUUCAGAGAAACGACACGUGGGAAAUCGUGCCUCUUCCGAAAGGUCGCAAGGCCAUCGGGUGCCGAUGGGUUUUUCGUGUAAAGGAGAAUCAAGAUGGCGAAGUUGAACGUUUCAAGGCAAGACUUGUGGCCAAAGGAUUCUCACAGAAAUUCGGAGUUGACUAUGAAGAAACUUUCGCACCGGUGGCCAAGUUCACAUCGAUUCGUGUGGUGCUCAGUAUGGCGGCUAAGUACGGCCUGAUGCUACAUCAGAUGGACGUCAAGACAGCGUUUCUUAACGGCUCCCUCAACGAAGACAUCUACAUGGACCAGCCGGACGGAUACCUGGAUGCAACACAGCCGGACUAUGUGUGCAAGCUAAAGAGAUCACUCUACGGCUUGAAGCAAUCGCCUCGCAUGUGGAACCAAACAAUCGAUGGGUUCAUGAUCAAGAUGGGAUUCAAGAAGUGCGAAUCGGACCACUGCAUCUACAUCAAGCGAGACGACCAAGACAUGAUUCUCGUGGUACUCUACGUCGAUGAUCUCAUCCUGGCCAGCAGCAACAACGAACUCCUCAAGUCAACCAAGAUGGCGCUGAGCAAACGCUUCGAAAUGACGGAUCUCGGUGAGCUCGAUUACUUUCUCGGCAUGGAGAUCAAGAACGACCGUAAGACGGGAAUGGUGACUGUACAACAAACCAAGUUCCUCAAGUCCGUGUUAACCAAGUUCGGAAUGGAUAACAGCAAGCCAGUGAAGACGCCUCAAGAUCCCGGCCUGAAGCUAACCAAGAACAUGUGUGAACAAGAAUGCAAGCACGAAGACACCAUGUGCAACGUGCCAUAUCGAAGUGCUGUCGGAGGCAUCAUGUAUCUCAUGGUCGCCACACGUCCGGAUCUAGCUGCUGCAGUGGGAUCAUUAUCCCAGUUCUCGUCCGACCCAUGCCCGACUCACUGGCAAGCUUUGAAGCGUGUGCUGAGAUACCUGCAAGCAACGCCCAAUCAUGGUCUUGAGUUUACACGUGAAGAAGGAAGCCGUAUCUGCGGGUACACCGACGCAGACUGGGCCGGCGACAUUGAGUCAAGACGAAGUACAAGCGGCUAUGUGUUCAUGAUGAGCGGAGGAUGCAUCAGCUGGAAAAGCCAGAAACAACGGACGGUCGCGCUAUCUUCAACAGAAGCAGAAUACAUGGCGCUUUCCGAAGCAACCAAAGAAGCAGUAUGGCUCAAAGUGCUUUUGGGGGAACUUGGUGAGAUGACAAGCGACGAAGCGAUCAAGAUGUAUGAAGACAACCAAGGAUCAAUCGCUCUCGCCAAGAACCCGGAGUUCCAUAAGAGAACAAAACACAUCGACAUACGCUACCAUUUUGUGCGUGAGAAGGUGGAAUCAGGUGAAGUCGUUUUGGAGUAUUGCCCGACUCAAGAUAUGCUGGCAGACAUGAUGACCAAGCCGAUCGCCGCUGUACAAUUUGAAAACAUUCGCGAUCGACUUGGGAUCCAAGGUGCCGCAGCUAACGAGUCGAGAGGGAGUGUUGAAAAGACAGCGGCUGUAAAGAAGACACCUCGUCAAGCUGCGUCAAGUGUUGAAGCAAGUGGAAGACCAAGCCUCGCUAUACCGGUGGGUACCGGUAUGUACCAGUAA